UCUGGACUGAAUUAGCCGAGGAAGCGACAGGGAAAUUGGACGAGAUGAUUUCAACUGCUUUCUCUCAGACACUGAUGAUCGCAGCCACUGAGCCCACCUCCCAGGGAGACUCGGUACAGAGAACGGCACUGACUACUCUGACAUCGGACGCUCCGGAAGGCGGCAGUACUGGAGCAUUGCCCGGAGACUCCCACCCUGAGCUGGGAGUCAGUAACCUGCCUGCUGCAGGCCCAGUGACUGAGCUCGGCCCUUCGUCACUGGAAGAGCCUCAGUCCCCGGAUACACCUGUGGACUUCGGAAAAAUCUACAAGUUUCUGUCAGCAGCUGUGAGGGGCUCAACGUUCCCACAGCUCUCCCCCUUCGAGUCUGCUCUUCUCCUUGAUCUGCUGAUGACUCUCCCAGGCCAGUUGCAAGGUCUGAACUGUCCAGAGCUGCGGAGCCACAUGAACGACACCUACAGGCAGCUGACCCACACGAGCUCGGUUUGGCACGGACAGAGUGGCCCGGAACAAGGUCAAUCCCCUCAGCCACUCAAAAAUCCAGGGCCUGAUCCCCACUCUCUAAGGAGCCCCAGCAUUCUUCAGACAGACCAACCUCAAGACCCAGGCACCAGCCACUGGCCUGGACUGCCAGCUCAAUCCCUCCCUGCUCCCCAGACCAAACAAUCAGAGUGUCCCCACAUACCCCAAUCCAUCCAAUCAGAGCCUCAAGCCAAGGAUGCUGCUGAGCCAGGCCAGGAACCUGAUUGGUCUUUGCCGUGCCCUUUGAACCCCUUCUGGCUUCCCAUAAAGCUGUUGGUCCAAAGUGAGACAUCCCCUCAAAAUCACACAAGAUCAUCUCCUGAGGGCCCUGCACUGACCCCUGCCCAACCCAGCACAGACCCCUCAGAUCCUCCUGAGGGCUCACCACUGUCUGCUGCCCAACCCAGCAUUGACCCCUUACACCCUCCUGAGGGCCUACCCCUGACCCCUGCCCAACCCAGCAUUGACCCCUUACACCCUCCUGAGGGCCCACCCCUGACCCCUGCCCAACUCAGCAUUGACCCCUUACACCCUCCUGAGGGCCUACCACUGAUCCCUGCCCAACCCAGCAUUGACCCCUUACACCCUCCUGAGGGCCUACCACUGAUCCCUGCCCAACCUAGCAUUGACCCCAUACACCCUCCUGAGGGCCCACCACUGACCCCUGCCCAACCCAGCAUUGACCCCUUACACCCUCCUGAGGGCCCAUCACUGAUCCCUGCCCAACCCAGCAUUGACCCCUUACACCCUCCUGAGGGCCCACCACUGACCUCUGUCCAAAGCAUUGCUAACUACUUAGAUCCUCCUGAGAGCCCACGGUUGACCCUUGCCCAGUCCAGCGCUGACGCUUACCCAACCUAACGCUGAACCCAGCCCGGGCCCAGAGUUGACCCCUGAGCUGUUCCCAAUGGCAGACCGCUGAUCCCUGCCUGGCACCACGCAAAUCCCCAGCCUGCCACUGGGGUUCCCGGCUCCGAGCCCCGGCCUUGUCACUGGGGGCCUGGUUCUGAAAUGUUCCCAGUUGCAGACACCCUGCUGGGGAAUGUCUGGCUGGUUCCUGUCCUCAUUUUGUAAAUUAUUCUGAAAUUAAUUAAAGUUUUCCACAGUCUAA